AUGUCCAAGGAUGACCUUGUAGACCAGUUUUGUAGUAUAGUAAACACUUCCGAUGUUACAUUGGCCAGGAAUAUGCUUGAAUCGUCCAAUUGGGACUUAAACGAAGCCAUUUUCAAACAUUUCAAUGGGUGCAGUGUUUCAAUAUCACGAGGGAACCGAAUUUAUUCCUUACUUGCAUUGUUGAAAGAUUAUUAUAAAACAAUUUAUCGAUUUCUAACGUCUUGGCUUCCUUUUUUUAGUGAAACAUCAUUCGACAAAUAUUUUGUGUCUACUUAUGGGAAUACUAGUGUCCAUUUUUACAAGGGUAGCUUCAUAGAGGCCUCAGAGCAUGCUGCUACAGCUGCCAAACCAUUGAUUAUUUAUCUACACUAUGAGAAAUCGGAGAAUACGUAUGAAUUUUGUAAAGGUAUUUUAUGUAACAAACAAAUUGAAGAUAUUUUGUAUGGAGAAUAUGUGUUUUGGGCGCAAAAUGUAGAUUCCGCGGAAGGGAGGAGGGUUAGACGCUUAUGCGGUGCCAAUAAUUAUCCACAUAUUAGCAUAUUUGCAUUUGAAAAUAAUAAUCCAAUAAAGAUAGGUAGAAUUCAGGGUAAAAUCCCCCUAGAUUCAUUCGUCAAAUUCACAAAAACAGCACUUACCAAGGUAUAUGAGGGUGAAUUUGGCCAUGGAAAGUUAGUAAAAGAUCGCAUGCUCAGAGAGAAACAGGAUAUGGAAUUGGAGGAAGCAAUUAAACAAGAUUGUAAGAGAUUGAUUGAAAGAAAGAACAAAGAAUUGUUGCAAAUACAUGAAGAUAAGAUGAAUAAGGCAUUCGUUGAGACUUUCAAGUCACGUAUUGUACCUCAAUCUAACUCUGUCAAAAUAAAAGUACGUCUGCCUGAUGGAAGUAGCUUGCAGGAAAUUUUCUUUAAAACAGAUACCGUUGGUUAUCUCCAAGAGUGGUUAUCUGUGGCACAUCUGUUAUAUCCAGAAAUGGAAGGAAAGUGCCUACGUGAUUUCACUCUGCAACUGCCAUAUAGUGAGAAUAAGCAGUUUAAGCUGUUGAAUACACUGGAAGACGUUGGUUUGUCGCCAAAUGGCACGGUAGUAGUCAAGCUUAAUAAAUAA